UAAAUUUUGGGAAAGAGUCCGACCCGGAGCCGUCCGCGCAGUCUCCCGCUCCGAAACAGGGAGUAAACGGCCAAAGGUCUAGCAGGAGUAGCUGCAAAGCGGCUUCGUCGCCGCGGGAAUGAGCACUAGGAAACUAAGAACUUUCAAAAAAUGGAUGAACUGGGAACGCGUAGAGUGCAGCGACGCCUUGGAGCUCGUCGAAGCGGGAUCCUCCUUCUUUGUCAGAGCUGUCUCCGAUUUGCACGACGGCGAUGUGGUGGCGAAAAUCCCCAAGGAGAGCUGCUUGACGAUUAAAACGUGUGGUGCUCGGCAAAUGAUUGAGGAAGCUGAGCUUGACGGCUACUUAGGCCUGGCCGUAGCUCUCAUGUAUGAGCGGAGUCUCGGUCCCCUCUCCCCCUGGUAUGGUUAUCUUCAGCUUCUCCCCCAUUCGGAGCCUAUCCCUUUGCUUUGGCCUCUCUCUGAUAUUAACUCUCUUCUUGCUGGCACAGAGCUCCACAAGGCAGAUUAUUAUAGAAGACAAGAUUCUAAUCCACGAGGACUGGAAAGAGUGCAUCCAACCUCUUUUGGCCAAUUCUACCUUGGGACUUAACCCAGAACAUUUUGGUAUUGAAGAAUAUUUUGCUGCAAAAAGUCUUAUUGCUUCUCGGUCAUUUCAAAUUGAUGAUUACCAUGGAUUUGGGAUGGUUCCCCUUGCAGACCUUUUUAAUCACAAGACUGGUGAUGAGGAUGUGCACUUCACAUCCAUAUCCUCCUACUCUGAUUCAGAUGGUGAUGUGAAUGGUAAGAAUAGUAACAUUGAGUACCAACAUAAUAGCAACCACGAACCAGCUAACCAGAAUCUAUAUUCAGAGGUAGAUUCUUUGGGUGAGAGUGACUUAGAUUCCUCUUCAAUACAAGGGGAUGAUCCUUCAGCUCUAGAAAUGAUCAUGGUGAAAAAUGUGAAAGCUGGAGAAGAGGUAUUCAAUACAUAUGGAUCCUUAGGUAGUGCUGCAUUGCUGCAUAGGUAUGGAUUCACUGAGCCAGACAAUCCCUAUGAUAUUUUAAACAUAGACUUUGAAUUGGUGCUUCAGUGGAGCUCUUCUCAGUUCUCAUAUCGCCACACUAGGAGGAGGGUUUCACUGUGGAGAAAGCUGACUUGUUCUGGAUGUGUCAGUCAAGACGCUGAAUAUUUUGAAAUCACAUUCCACGGUGAACCACAAAUUGAGUUAAUAAUUUUGAUUUACAUAAUGUCGAUGUCAGAUGAAGAAUAUGGAGAAGCCGAUCUUGCUAUAUCGGUCAUGGGUGGUGAUGUCAGGAAAUCCUGGCAACUAUUUUUAUCAAACAAUGGAGUUGCAUUUGAAAAUGGAUUAGAAUUUGGGAGGAAUUCAUUGCUCAGAGAACGCAUUCACAUGGCUCUUUUGUCACUAGCAGAUGCCCGAGAGAGUUUAUAUGGUACUAAGUCUCUCAGAAUUGACAUUGAUAAUCUGAAUAGGAGCUCUCAGUUGACCGAACCUAAACUGUAUCAUUCAUUGAUGCUACGUAUAAGCGAGAGGAAGAUCCUUCAAAAGUUAAGAAGUUAUGCUUCUACACUGCAGAUAACCAAGAAAGGUGCAAAAAGAAAAGGUAAUAAAGAUGUGGGUAGAAUCAAGUGACCCGUUAUUGACUGGGGGAGGUGUAUGAGCUCUCCAGAGAAGGUGAACUUUCAAAUUUUGAUUUUGACGAGUUCAAAUUUUGAAAUUUUUAUUAUAUGACUUUACUGAAUCCCUUUUUAAUUUUUUAUGAUCAUUCGAUCUCAACCGUAUAAAUGUAACUUUAAUGAUGUGUCCCAUAUUAAAAAUGGACCAUCUUCACUAUCCUUGUCAGGUGAUUGGAAUUUAGGGAGUGUGAUUGAAUUUAUUGAUCAGAUGCAAAC